ACCAUUCUCCCUUAUUUGGGCAAGAAAAUUUUCUAUUGUUUCUUCUAUUUGCCCUAGAUUUUGGUCAAUUAAAGAGAUCGUAGCUUAGGAAUUCUUGAUCUGAUGGCUUGGUUGACUCUGCUCGAUUGCUGGUAAAGUUUCAGGGAAAGGGGAUUCUAUUUAGCAUCUGUCUUGAUAUUGUUCAGUAGGAAAGAUGAGUGACAACUUGAUGGAUAAAGUAAAUGCCUUGGGCGAACGGCUAAAGAUUAGUGGGACAGAGAUGAGCCGAAAGAUGAGUGCAGGUGUCAGCUCUAUGAGUUUCAAAAUGAAGGAACUUUUUCAAGGUCCAAACCAGGGUGAUAAGCUUGCUGAGGAUGCCACAUCAGAGACUCUGGAAGAGCCGGAUUGGGCCCUGAAUCUUGAAAUAUGUGACAUGGUUAAUUCUGAGAAAAUCAACAGCAUUGACUUGAUUCGCGGGAUUAAAAAACGUAUAAUGUUGAAAAAUCCCAGGAUCCAGUAUUUGGCAUUGGUGCUGCUUGAGACGUGUGUUAAAAAUUGUGAGAAGUCUUUCUCCGAGGUGGCAGCUGAGAGAGUUCUUGAUGAGAUGGUGAAGUUAAUUGAUGAUCCACAAACUGUUGUUAAUAAUCGGAACAAGGCUUUAAUGUUGAUUGAAGCAUGGGGAGAAUCAACUAGUGAGCUUCGAUAUUUGCCUGUUUAUGAAGAAACAUACAAGAGUUUAAAAUCAAGAGGCAUUCGAUUCCCUGGUCGGGACAAUGAGAGUCUUGCACCCAUUUUUACCCCUGCUCGCACAGUUUCAGUUUCGGAGACGGAAGCCAGUUAUACAGAACAGUUUCAUCAUGACAUUCCCAUGCAUACCUUUACAGCUGAAGAAACAAAGGAAGCAUUUGACGUUGCAAGGAACAGUAUUGAGCUUCUUUCCACAGUGUUAUCCUCAUCACCCCCUCAGGAUAAUUCGGAGGAUGAUCUGACUAGCACACUUGUACUACAAUGUCGUCAGUCGCAAUUAACUGUCCAACGAAUUAUCGAGACUGCUGGAGACAACGAGGCCCUACUUUUUGAGGCAUUGAAUGUGAACGACGAGAUUCAGAAAGUCCUUACCAAGUAUCAAGAUAUGAAGAAGCCUUCAACUUUGCAGCGUGAACCAGAACCUGCCAUGAUACCUGUUGCUGUGGAACCUGAUGAAUCUCCCCGUCAUGCCAAGGAAGACGCUCUGGUUAGAAAACCGGCUACUUCUCGCAGUCGAUCUCUUGGUGGAAGCAGUGAUGACAUGAUGGAUGAUCUCGACGAAAUGAUAUUUGGCAAGAAAGGUGGAAGUGGAUCUGAUCGGGGACACGAAUCGAAGAAGCCCGAUUCAUCAAAAAACAAUGAUCUGAUUUCCUUUUGAGCUUGGUUUGAACAGAUGAUAAUUCACCGUGUCAAUCUAGAAAGAUUUAAUUGAUGUUGAAAAAAAAAUGGUUAUGUAACCUCUUCGUACAUUACAUGUUUAGAUGCAUCUUGUAAACUUCUACAUUAAACUUCUGCACGUUUUUCAAGUUUCUGAUAUUUGGAUUUGAUACCGUAUGAUGGCGUGUGCGUAUAUAUUAUUAUUAUACACACCAUGAGAUUUAUCAUUUAUAAAUAAUACAACUUUCUUUUCUUUCGUUCA